UUGUUAUAAGAGGCCAAGAGGGUGUGCGUGCUGUUUUGGUCUUUGUGUGGUUAUUUGCUCCCCAAGACAACUCACAAUUAAGCACCAUGCAAAGGUUUUUUGAGUCGUCCUUCGUUCUUCCUCUCUACCACAAAGAUUGUUGAAGAUGAAGCAUAGCAAAAUUUGAGAUUUUAUACAGAAUUAGACAUCUUGUAAACAUUAAAGAUGGUGACUACAUCUUGGAUCACAUCUCUCUCUUGUUCUUCAAGCUCUGCCAUGGCACAAAACGACAACUCAUCCAUGCUCAAAUGGCUACAGUUCAUCUUGCUCUCUCCAUGUCCCCAAAGGCUACUCUUAGCUUCCAUUGAUACCCUCUUUCUCUUCACCCUCUUUCUUUUUGCACUUCAAAAGCUCUAUUCAAGAUUCACCUCCCACAAUAACACCAAUUCCGCCAUUAAUGAACCUCUAGUUCCUAAAACCCCAGUUUCUGUCAAAACCAAUCUUUGGUUCAAACUAUCUUUACUUGCUUCAGCCAUUUUAGCUGUUUUAGCCAUUGUUUCAUCUAUUUUGGGGUUCAUCUGCAACACCCAGAUGCCAUGGAAGGUGAUUGAAGGAACUUCUUGGUUACUUCAAUCGAUAUCAUUUCUCACAACCUUUGUUCUGAUCAUCCACGAGAAGAGAUUCCAAUCAGGAACUCAUCCAGUCUCCCUUCGUGUAUUCUGGGUGCUAAACUUCAUCGCCAUUACAUUAAUCGCAUCUCCAAGUAUCAUCCGUCUGGUUUCCAACACUCCAUUAUCCAAAACCGGAGACGUAAUCGCAUCAAUCUGUUUACCAUUUUCGGCUUUCUUCUUGAUUCCAUCGGUAACCGGUUCAACUGGGAUUACAGUGGCAACGGAAUCAGAGGUUUCUGAUGAAGUAAGCAAAUCAUCGAAUGUGAGUGGAUGGGCAUCUGCUUCGAUCUUAUCAAAAACAUUCUGGUUAUGGUUGAAUCCAUUGUUGAAGAAAGGCUACAAAACCCCGUUAACGAUCGAAGACAUUCCUUCACUUUCACAAGAACACCGAGCUGAAAGAAUGUCGUCCCUUUUCGAAAAAAACUGGCCAAAACCCGAAGAGAAGUCAAAACAUCCGGUUCGAACCACACUCAUUCGUUGUUUCUGGAAAGACAUCACAUUCACUGGAUUCCUAGCGAUCAUAAAGCUCGGUGUUGCAUACGUGGGGCCGCUACUCAUCCAAAGAUUCGUGGACUUCACCUCGGGGAAAAGCAACUCUCCAUUCGAAGGAUAUUACCUUGUCACAAUCCUUCUGGUUGCUAAAUUCAUUGAAGUUUUAUCAUCACACCAUUUCAAUUUCCACUCACAGAAGCUCGGGAUGACAAUCCGGUCAACCCUCAUAACCUCUCUGUACAAGAAAGGUUUACGCCUCUCGUGCUCCGCUCGACAGUCUCAUGGUGUGGGCCAGAUCGUGAACUACAUGGCUGUAGAUGCUCAACAGCUCUCCGAUAUUAUGAUUCAGUUACACGCGAUUUGGCUCAUGCCUGUUCAAGUUGUAGUGUUGUUAGUCAUUCUUUACGGGUACCUCGGGUUGUCAACUGUGGUUACUCUCAUUGCGGUUUUGGUGCUUCUACUUUUUGUGUUUUGGGGUACGAAAAGAAACAAUCGGUAUCAGUUUAAUAUAAUGACGAGCCGUGACUCGAGAAUGAAGGCCACAAAUGAGAUGCUUAGUUACAUGAGAGUGAUCAAGUUUCAAGCUUGGGAAGAACAUUUCAACAAGAGGAUUCAGACAUUUCGUGAGUCUGAAUACGGUUGGCUUUGCAAGUUCAUGUAUUCGGUCGGUUCAAACAUGAUUAUUUUAUGGAGCACGCCUUUGUUUAUCUCCACGGUGACAUUCGGGAGCGGGAUUUUACUCGGGAUAAAGUUUGAUGCGGGGACGGUUUUCACGGCCACAUCGCUGUUCAAGAACUUGCAAGAACCGCUCUGGAGUUUCCCACAGUCGAUGAUUUCACUCUCUCAGGCGGUGAUCUCGUUGGGGAGAUUGGAUGAGUAUAUGAUGAGUAAGGAGUUGGAUGAGGGUUGGGUGGAGAGGGAUGAUCAAGAUGGCGAUGCUACAACUGCUGUUGAAGUCCAAAACGGGUUGUUUAGCUGGAAUGAUGAGCCUUCAGAAGGGGGUAUGAAUAUGAUUAAGAACUUGAACUUUGAGAUUAAGAAAGGUGAGCUUGCAGCCAUUGUAGGGACUGUAGGAUCUGGGAAAUCAUCUCUGCUUGCAUCUGUUCUUGGUGAGAUGCCCAAAAUCUCAGGGAAGGUCAAAGUGUCCGGGAGCACUGCAUAUGUUGCGCAAACGGCAUGGAUUCAAAACGGGACGAUUCAAGAAAACAUUCUGUUUGGUUCACCAAUGGACAGACAUAAGUACAAGAAGGUAAUAAGAACAUGUUGCUUGGAGAAAGACUUGGAAAUGAUGGAAUUUGGAGAUCAAACUGAAAUUGGGGAACGUGGGAUUAAUCUCAGUGGUGGUCAAAAGCAACGGAUUCAGCUUGCACGGGCUGUUUAUCAAGAUUCUGACAUCUAUCUUCUUGAUGAUGUGUUUAGUGCUGUUGACGCCCACACCGGUUCAGAAAUAUUCAAGGAAUGCGUGAGGGGUAUCCUUAGAGACAAGACGGUCUUACUUGUGACUCACCAAGUCGACUUCCUUCAUAAUGUGGAUCUUAUCCUGGUGAUGCGUGAUGGGAUGAUUGUACAAUCAGGAAAGUAUGAUGAACUGGUUGAUUCUGGUCUGGAUUUUUCAGCUUUAGUAUCGGCCCAUGAGACCUCAAUGCAGCUAGUACAAAUGGAGUCUGCUACUGAACCAGAAACCCUAACAAAAUCUCUUAGCCAUAAUAAGUCUAAGUCCUCUGUGGAAGAAAACAAAGAAAAUCCAAAAGCUUUAGAACGAUCUCUGUCGAGUUCUAUAAUAGGAACAUCAAAACUGAUUGAAGAUGAAGAACGAGAAACAGGAAGGGUGAGUUUACAUGUAUACAAAGUGUAUGCAACCGAGGCUUUUGGGUGGACUGGUGUGGUUCUAAUUCUGUUGUUGACGGUGUUGUGGCAAGCCACACAGAUGGGUAGUGAUUACUGGUUGGCUUAUGAAACUUCAGAGGAUCGGGCUGCUUCUUUCAGCCCUUCCCGUUUCAUUGGAGUCUAUGCAAUUAUUGCAUGUGUUGCAUUUGUCAUGAUAUUUAGCAGAACUCUAUUCUCUAUGUUCCUUGGGCUUGAGACUGCACAAAAAUUCUUUAAACAGAUUCUUCACAGCAUCCUUCAUGCUCCAAUGUCGUUUUUUGACACCACACCUUCCGGAAGAAUUCUAAGUCGGGCAUCAAGUGAUCAAACCAACAUCGAUAUUCUGCUUCCAUUCAUGAUGAAUCUGAGCCUUGCGUUGUAUACGUCUGUGAUUAGUGUCAUCAUCAUAACAUGCCAAUACGCUUGGCCGACAGUCUUCCUACUUGUUCCACUCGGGUGGCUCAAUUUCUGGUAUCGGGGGUAUUACCUUGCGACAUCUCGUGAAAUAACUCGACUCGACUCGAUUACAAAAGCACCCGUGAUUCACCACUUCUCAGAGAGCAUAUCUGGGGUAAUGACCAUCCGGUGCUUCGGAAAACAAGACAGUUUUGUUCAAGAGAAUGUUGAGCGAGUGGAUGGAAAUCUAAGAAUGGAUUUCCACAACAACGGAUCAAAUGGAUGGUUAGGUUUCCGUAUGGAGUUUCUAGGAAGCUUGUUUCUUUGCGUUUCCACUGUUUUCAUGAUCAUCUUACCUAGCAAUGUCAUUCAACCAGAGGAUGUUGGAUUGUCACUCUCAUAUGGAUUGUCGCUCAACGGUCUGCUAUUUUGGGCUUUAUACACGAGUUGCUUCGUUGAAAACCGCAUGGUUUCAGUUGAAAGGAUAAAACAGUUUACAAACAUACCAUCAGAAGCAGAAUGGGUGAAGAAAGAUGGCCCACCUCCUCCAAAUUGGCCUACUCAUGGUAGUUUGGAGCUCAGAGACUUGCAGGUUAGGUAUCGCCCAAACACGCCUCUUGUGCUCAAGGGGAUUACUUUAAAGAUUGAAGGGGGGCAGAAGAUUGGCGUUGUUGGUAGAACAGGUGGUGGGAAAUCAACUUUGAUCCAGGUUCUGUUUAGACUUGUGGAGCCAUCUGGAGGGAGUAUCAUCAUUGAUGGUAUCGACGUCUCCACACUCGGACUUCAUGAUCUCAGGUCACGAUUUGGUAUCAUUCCUCAAGAACCCAUCCUUUUUGAAGGCACGGUCAGAAGCAACAUUGACCCUAUCGGUCAACACUCCGAUGAGGAGAUAUGGAGGAGUCUUGAACGAUGCCAACUUAAUGAUGUUGUAGCUGCAAAACCUGGGAAACUUGAUUCUGCAGUUGUUGAUAAUGGGGAUAACUGGAGUGUGGGACAGAGGCAACUUCUCUGUCUGGGAAGGGUGUUGCUGAAGCACAGCAGGCUGUUGUUCAUGGACGAAGCAACAGCUUCUGUUGAUUCACAAACAGAUGCAGUAAUUCAGAAAGUCAUAAGAGAAGACUUUUCAGACUGUACUAUCGUAAGCAUUGCUCACAGGAUACCUACUGUCAUGGACUGUGAUCAGGUUCUAGUCAUUGAUGCAGGGUACGCAAAAGAAUUUGACAAACCCUUGCGAUUGAUUGAAAGGCCCUCGCUUUUUGGGGCGUUGGUUCAGGAAUAUGCAAACAGAUCAUCUGGUUUAUGAGCAUAUAUGAAUGACAUUGAUGUUGCUCAUAUAAUCCAACAGAACAAAUUAUCAUCAUAGAGCAUGCCCUUGUUAGAAGAAUGAAGCAUGAUUUAGGAAUCAAUAGAAAUAUGUAUUAGCAAAAGCAAGCUACCACUUAUUUAAACUUGUUGCUUUGAUUGUAAAACCUCUAUGUACACAAGAGGCAGAGAGGCUAUUCAAAUCCCCAAGAAUACAUGGACUGGCAAUUGCCAAUGCUCCUUUGUCUA